CGACCCGCAUUCCUCCAGCGCAGAUCCUCGCGAACUUACACCGCUUUUGUGAGCAGAGAUUUAGGAGCUCGUGAGCUCUUUGAUUUAUUUAAGUGAAGCCAUAUGGACGCUGUUAUUUAUAAGUCGUUAAAUCACAAAUUAACUUCUAAAUUACGGCUACUGAACCAUUAUCGCACUGUUAAUCACUAAUAGCUACAGUUUUACGGUUUGCUGUUAGAAUAGGGCUUCGCGCUAUUGACCUGUUAACGAUAUUAGGCUGAUUUAACUGAUUUAUAACAGAUUAUAGUCAAGUGGAUCCAAACACCUCCUUGAGAAUAACGUGUGCGCGCGUGCACGUGACUUUAAGCUCGGUCGCUCAUUCAGACAGUAAUAUCAAAGGUUUAUCGCUGACAUUUUAGUCCGCCCAACAGAUCGCAGAACCAGUUGAUAGUAUGAAAGGAGAUGUUGAAAAUAUAAAAGAUGGGCGUUUCGGUGGCUGGUGGACCACAGAGCAUGAGAAUAAAGAACUGUUUGAAUGGGGGAAACGGAUGGCAAAAGCUAUAAUUGUAUUUGCCUCGGCAAAAUAUCAGAAAGGACUUUUCUCGGCCCUUUGUGUGUUAUUAGAUUAAUUCCUCGCGAUGCCUUCUUGUUCCUCUCCAGGCGCGUGGAGGGAGGACGGUGCACCAGUUGGUCUUUGGUUUCAAUAAUCAAAUUAACCAUUUGCUACAUCUUUUAGUCACAACUCGCGUGUAGAAAGAAAAAAUUUACAUAAUAGGGGCCGGGAUGUAUCAAGAGAGACUGAACUUUUUAAUCGUCAUUUAUCUUUCCCACAAAAAGACGAAGAAGGACAAAAAAAGAGAAUUUAAACGGUGCAGAAAUGGUGGAAAAUCAAACUCGAAACGCUUGAUGCUUUCAUUCGAGUGACCUCAUAAAUUACAAUCAUGGCUUUUAUUGAUGCAUUUUGACACAAAGCGUGUUUUGUUGAGCAUAACCACAGAUGCAUCAGUUCUUCUUAUUAUUAAACAACUACAUGCUUUUAUGCAUUGAUCAUUUUUAGGUUUGAUCUUUAAAUAUAGGGCAUUUGUUUUUGCUUCUGCCUCACACACGAUCAAUAACAUGAGGGCCUUGAAUCAUUUUUAAGGUGAGAACAUUUCUGUGGCUGAUCAAUUUGACUAUGCAUUUCACAAGUCCGUCUUGUAAUAAAUAAAAUAUAGCCACAGCCAAGAAAUAAUUCUUAAAGGAUUUUAUAUAGUUUAAUAAUGACAAUUAAUUUAAACAUCUGUACAGUCUUCCGUUAACAUUGCGCAUGAUUUAAAUAUAUUAAACAAUUAUGUUCUGAGGCAAUUUUGCAAGAUAAGAGGGUUGAUGAUUAAGCUAUUUUGCAAAUUUGCUACCCUCAUUAUCAAAACAUUACUUGCCCUUAAACAAUAAUCACGGCAAUAAAAACAGUGCAGAAUUAUUUAUACAUUUCUAGAUGGAACUACAGCAUAUAAACGAGCUUAAUUUAGAAAUUAAACAUCUGCGGUAAACAAAACUGUUACAUAAAGCCUUUAUUUAGUCAAAUAUGUAUAAUAUAAGGAUUUAUUUACAUGCAAACUUUUCAGUUGCCCAUUGCACGAUAUUGUUGUUGUUGUGCUAUUACUAAAGCAUCACGAACAAUUGCUUUUCAGCAGUCAUUUCCGGCCACAUUCUUCACAAUGACCUGACUUAUAUAAGCAUCCUGCUAAAUUAAGCAUGCAACUUCUAUGAUAACCACAAUCUAGUCUCUUCAGCUCCUGGAAAAAAAAAAAAAAAAAAAAAAAAACCAGCGCCGAGUAAAAGAAGAGAAAACGAGAGAUGAAAAAGUUAAAGGAGACGGGGAAAUACUAUCGAAAAUUCAGCCCAAGGUAUACCACCGGUUUAAAGGCUUAAAAGCUUGGGGAAAAUUGGAUCAGGGAGAAUCGUCACCCAACUUUCAUUAUUUCCAAGUGGUGUGAUUGAAUUAAAGGGCAAGAUGGCGGUUUGAGCGAGAGGGCUGCGCGCGGCGGAGGGGGCUGGCGCGUAAUGGCGGGGUAUUAAAUUCUAAUUAGAGAUGCAGGGGAUCAAUGAUAGGGAGGUUGGACAGCCCGAUCCCCCAGUGCCAGCCCAAUAGACUGAUGAGUUAUUGUCAUGUAAAAAAGCGCUAGCAAUAAGACCCAAACGCCGUGCUAUUGUCCAAGCGGAAAGAGCCAAGUUUAUUAUGAGGACUAUAUGCUCUAGAGACCUGGGGCUAGGCGGCUCCUUGGGAGGCUUUUCAUAAAACAAGGCUCAGCUCCUAUAAAGGAGGGCAGUUUUUGAGCAGGCGCCGAGCAGUGCACAUCUACCCACGGCACGAGCCUCCUUCAAACCAGUCAAAAUUCAGCCGUCACGAGCUCCCCAACUCCGUCCGCGUUUCGGCUCGAUUCUUCUCUUUUUCAUGUGCUCCUCGCCAUUUUAAUCCAAUUUGAAUUUGACGUUUGUGUGUCUUUUUCCUUGGGAGAGCAGCUUUCCUUCUCCACUGAGCCUUUUCAAUGUAUAAAAUGGAGUAUUCUUACCUCAAUUCCUCUGCCUACGAGUCCUGUAUGGCCGGGAUGGACACGUCGAGCCUGGCGUCAGCCUAUGCGGACUUCAGCUCCUGCAGCCAAGCCAGUGGCUUUCAGUACAAUCCCAUCAGGACGACGUUUGGGGCCACCUCCGGGUGCCCGUCGCUCACGCCGGGCUCCUGCAGCCUGGGCACCCUGCGGGACCACCAGAGCAGCCCGUACGCCGCAGUUCCCUACAAGCUCUUCACGGACCACGGAGGACUGAACGAGAAGCGGAAGCAGAGGCGCAUUCGGACCACAUUCACCAGCGCGCAGCUCAAAGAACUGGAGCGCGUGUUCGCGGAGACUCACUAUCCGGACAUUUACACACGAGAGGAGCUCGCGCUGAAGAUCGACCUCACCGAGGCGCGCGUGCAGGUGUGGUUCCAGAACAGGCGCGCCAAAUUCCGCAAGCAAGAGCGCGCGGCCGCCGCCGCAGCUGCUGCAGCGAAGAACGGAUCCGGGAAGAAGUCGGACUCGCGGGAGGAGGACAGCAAAGAGGCAAAGGCGACCGAUCCUGACAGCACUGGCGGGCCCGGGCCCAACCCUAACCCUACCUCCAACUGUGGUGGACCGAGCCCCACCGGCGGACAGGUCAGCGCCACGGGGAACGGCCCGGUCGAACAGGUCAAGACGUCAGUGGCCGGUAUGGGAGGCACUGCGCCGAGUCAAGGCUGGGCCUCAGCCCCGGGAACCAUCACCUCCAUUCCGGACUCUCUGGGCGGACCGUUCGCCAGUGUUCUGUCCUCAUUACAAAGACAGAACGGAGCCAAAGCCACUUUAGUAAAGACCAGCAUGUUCUGAGUUCGUGCUCGAUGCAGAGAGGAAGCGACGAGCGCGAGAUUCAACAAACCAACAAGAGUUUACUCUAGUGACUGAUGCGUGGAGAAAGGAGGAUGCCAAAAGAAGGAGAGAGUCCUGUAUCUCUACUCAAGAAAGAAGAGACCACCCGACUCCUUUCGAUGCCAUGGGUUUACACCACAAGCUGGAUAAUAAUAAUAAUAUCAUACACAUUAUGUUAACAUUGUGACCUUAUCCGGACUGUUUAGUUUUGGCUGUGGUCGACACAAGUAAACUAAGAGACUGCGAUGCGCGCUCCCGCUGCAAAGAAGGACUCAUGAAGAUCAAUGUCAUUAUUCAAUGUCAUUAUACAUGUCAUUAUAUCUCGCGCCAUGAUUAUUUGUUUACAUUGACUCUAGCGCAAGUUACAUGUCUGUAUUACAGAAUCCUGCCAGAUGUGGCACUCUGUUAUAUAUUUUUACCUAUAAAUUUACAAGCCUUAGAGCCAGGGGCUCUGCAAACAUUCAUCCACAUAUUUACUAUUAAUCCAUGGCGAAUUGUUCUUCAAAAUGGCACAAGUACAUACUUCAUUGUUGACAGGAAUACGUAAACGUUUUGUGUGUCUUUCUACAGCUGUGUUUUUGUGGCUCAAAUUGUAUAGUGUUAAAGCGUAUUGACGUCCUAGAUAAACAUAGACCACAUGAUCCCCCUGUAGUUCAUUGAGUCUUUAUAAUGUUUUACAACUGGAGCAUUCUUCGGAGGAAAAAGGGAAUGGAUGCAAAACACUGUAUUUAUUUUCUAUAUUAUUUGCAUGUCGUCUUCUCCGUCCGAUUUUAUAAUGAUUUUCACCUAUUUUGUGAGCAUAAUGUAACACGUUUUUGUCCAGGAUUUGAGAAUUAUUUAUAUGUAGGUAAUGGAUGCUUAUAUUUAAGAAGGAAAUAUUUCUACAUGUGCACAUAGUUUUUCAGGUGUACCAUUGACAUGGCUGUUGAUGAUAAAAACGAUUAUGAUGCUGAAAAUAA